AUUAAAAUCACGGCGUCUCUCUUCCCCUCAAAAUUCGCCAAUCGCCCUUCCAAUUCUUGAUCAGAUUCACUGAUCUUGAACUCAAAACCCAAUUUCAUUCAAAAAUCCCCUAGUUGAUCUCGAUUUCAUGUCAAAAUCAGUGUAAUUAACGCCUGAUUACUCCGAAUUUAGUGUUUGUGUGUGAGAGGGAGAUAUUCAUAUCGAGAAAUGUCGGAGACGAGGAUUCUAGAGAUUAACUUGAUCUCUGCGCAAGGUCUAAAGAUUCCCCCUUCUACUAAACGCAAGACGCACACCUACGCAAUCGCAUGGGUCGAUCCCACAGUCAAGCUCCGGAGUAGCCUUGAUCCCGUCGGUGGCGAUAACCCUACCUGGAACGAGAAGUUCAUCUUCCGAGUCACGCCGGAUUUCAUCUAUGGAGACACAUCCGCUGUUCAAUUCGAAAUCUACGCUUGUGGAUACAUCAGAAACUAUCUCAUCGGCCACGUACGUUACCUCUUAAGUAGUAGUUCCCUCACGUCCUCCAAAACCGGUGCAAUGAUCGGAACUCCGGCAUUCUCCGCCGUUCACAUCCGCCGUCCUUCCGGGAGAGUCCACGGUGUACUCAACAUCGCUGCGACAGUUUACGAGGGUUCAGAUUUUGCAGCGUUUAACGGGAUGUCAGCCGUGUGUUUUCGUGAUCUGAUUGGAGAAAAGGAAAAUGAUGAUAAACGCCGCCGUGAACGGAGGCUCUCAUGGCAUCCCAGCCGCGACGGAUCGAAGAGAAGCCAGCGAUCAUCUGGAGCAGAGUCUUGCGAUUCUCCAUCGGUUGAAUUCUCCGACGGAAACGAUUCCACAACAUCGUCUUCCUCUUCCUCCCUGACUACGGCGGCGUUCAAGGACUUGAAUGGCGUGAGAUCAACCGUUCAAGUGGCGGGAAAAAAGAAUUUGAAAUCCGACGGUGGGGGUUUGUUGUGUGGGUUAAUGUUACAGAGGAGAUUUAGUUACUGUCCGUCGGAUCAGAAUCUUUUGACAUUAACUGGAUUUCGUGAUCGGAAGAUCUAAAGAGAUGGUGGGUUUUCAACGGCUGAGAUCUGAUUUUGAUGGCUAGUUAAUAAUACCUUGUUUGUUACAGAGUUCGGUAAGUAACCAAAUUACUAUUUUGACCUUUACAAGAAUUCAUUUCUUAUGUUAUAUGUGAAAGAAGUACAAAUUCUUUUUGUCAAAUCGAUUGAAUUAUAGAAAUAAGGUUACAUUUCUUGUUUUAGUAA